AAAACCUUGUUUCUUUUUUUCAAUGCAAUAUUUUCUACAACUUUGAGCAUCAGUGUCAAACAAAUGAUCAGUUUGAAGCUACAACCUGCAUCAGUGUCACAGAAAAAAAAUCAUUGUUACCCUGGAUGUGUUUGUUGUCUGAUAAUUCAGUGGAGGAAACUUUAAAAAGUGCUUUUGGAGUGAGCUUUCAAGUGUGUUUUUAAGAUGUAAAACAUAACUUAUUAUUUAAACAGUCAAACAAAAGCAGUGACAUUUUAUAUGACUGUGAAUGUCUCCAUGACUAAAAAAAAAAAAGCAAACUGCACGAAAGGAAUUAUUCUCUUAGGAGUUUCCUGACACAAAGUCUGGUUAAUUAUUCCCUCUAUUGUUAAAUUUAUUAUUUAAAAACAGAACAAUUGUACAAUUUUCCAUGCACGACUCUUCGGUUAUUUAUAUAUUAUUACCAGAUGACGUAUUAAUUCCUCAUCCCAUGACACUGGGAAACAAAACCACAUCCAGAGUACCGCUGCUUUUUUAUGGCUCUUUGGUGCAGUUUUGUGAUUCAAACUGAUAAUUUGCAGAACUGAUGAUCAAAGUUGUGGAAAAUAUAUCGCACUGUGUUCAGUAAAACAAGGUUUUGACUUUAGAUUGUGACUCCCGGAGUAGACGUGAAAUUGAUUUGGUUUUAAUUUUUAAUAGAGCUAAAAUAUGUUUUUCAUUCCUGAAACGAGUCUCUCUCUUGUGCUUGUGAAGUUAUAAGACUCAAAAAUGCUGGAAAAAAUAAUAAAACACACAGACCGUCAACCCACCCCUGUGUGCUUCCAGGGACUGUAGCUGAAAACAUUCAACACAUGAAUGUCACUUCAUUGACAAAGGUACAACAUCUAUGUAGUUUAAAACUCAGAGAAUUCUGAAUUUUGCGUUUUAUAUUUGUCUCUUUUGCGCAGUUAGUAAGAUAAACAAACACAGGAUGGAAGAUAUUACAAUUCUAUGGUAAUGCACCUUACAGUGUGUGUGUGCUUUUUGUAACAGGUGUGAGUUACAGAGACAAAAGAGGGGGAAAAAAGCAUAAGUAUGUCCAGUUAAUUAAAGCAAACCAUUCACACUCUGCAGUCUGAUUCCACUCGAGAGAGGAAAGCUGGACUAUGAGUGCUUCCUUUGUUUGUUGGUGAAUUAAUUUCUCGUGGUAACCAAAGAGAGACAUUGAAUACAGUACAUUGGAAAAGGAUUUUCAAGGCUCCGUACGAGUGGUGACAGAAAUAAUGAAAACAUGCCCAGCUCAGAGUGGAGGCCUAUCACUGCGCACAGUUUGGCUUCAGAUUGUGACAACUGGAUGUGAAAAUGUGUUUGGUUUUAGUUUCUAUUUGAGCUCAAAUAUGUUUUCCAUCCCUGAGAAUGUCAUGAGUCUAUUUCCAAGUUGAAAUUUAAAAGCAAAACAUUCUGCCUCACUUCUAUGUAGUUCCAGGGUGUGUAACUCUGAAUAUUUCCACAUAUUCUGGUGUUUAUCAUCAUUUCUGAUACUAUACAGACAUGGGCGGUUCGUAGCAAGCAGGAGAACAAAUCCUGAGCUGCCUCCAAUGAAAGUCUGAGAAGGAAAGAGCAGGCGCAAGUAUUUUUAGACAUGAAAAAAUGACUGAUUUUAACGACCAAAAAUUGAGUGUAAGUGGAUUAUUGUGAAGCUCAGGACUGCGAGUUCUGGGUGUCCUCCAGAUCAAUAGCGGCUGGAAUGUGGCUGUGAGACGUUCAGGGCCUCAGAGAGGAGCUUCGCCUGCAGACCAAAUAAGGACAGGAGCAGUAGGACCUGUCAACUGGAGCAGGAGGAGGCCCGGGGAUGAGAAGCGUUCAGGGAGGGGGCUGGAUUCUGACAGAGGCUGCUUCACAUCUUCACUACAAGUAGGUGAGCAGAGACUGAAACUGGGAAACGGUGCUUGAUCUGCAACGCUGGAUUCCAUUUGAAGUGCUGAAAGAAAGUUAGGGUGAGCAAGUGCUGGUGGUUCACACUGAGUCAGUUCCCAAAAUCUGACCAAUUACCUCACCAGUGGGUGUGGUCUCUCCACUCUCCUCCUCCCACCCCACACCCCCCUCCAACCCCCUCGCAUGGUUCAAAAUCUCCAUCACUUUGAUGUCCCUCUGCUCUUUAAGCUGUGAUCCCGGCCGGCAGCGUGCACUCCACUGUGUGUGCUGUUGUCAGGACGGCAUUAAAGGGUCAUGCCGCUGAAUGUGGUGCUGGACGGGCCGGCCCCCUGGGGGUUUCGCCUGACAGGAGGGAAGGACUUCAACCAGCCGCUGACCAUCUCCAGGAUCACCCCUGGCAGUAAGGCGGCUCUCGCCAACUUAUGUGCCGGAGACGUCAUCCUGGCCAUCGAGGGAGUUCCAGCCAUGGACAUGCUGCACUGUGAAGCCCAGAACAAGAUAAAGGAAUCUACUUAUCAGCUCUGCCUCACUGUUGAAAGGAAUGAAUCCAGACUGUGGUCUCCACGUGUGGUGGAGGACGGCAGAGCUCAACCAUAUAAAAUGAACCUGCAGGCAGAGCAGCAGGAGUAUAAACCGAUAGGCGCUGCUCACAACCGGAAAGCUCAGCCAUUCGUUGCAGCAGCCAACAUCGAUGACAAGCGGCAGGUGGUCAGUACUUCCUACAACACUCCCAUCGGCCUCUACUCCUCAGGCAACAUCCAGGACGCUAUGGAGGGCCAGAUGCGAGGCCUGGUCCACCACAAGCCUGACAGCCCCAGAUCUCUGAUCAACAUCGAGGAUUCGGACGUUUACCGGAUGCUACAGAAAGACCAGGAGGAGCCUCAGGAGCCUCGGCAGUCCGGUUCCUUUAAAGCCCUGCAGGAGUUCAUUGACAGCGAUGGCUCUCGUCCCAUUGUGACUCGGACAGUAAAAGCACCGACAACCAAACCGACGGCGCCCACAGGAAACCUGCAGAAGCUGCCUGUCUGCGACAAGUGUGGGAAUGGCAUUGUAGGGACGGUGGUGAAAGCUCGAGACAAAUACCGUCACCCCGGCUGCUUCGUGUGCUCCGACUGUGACGCCAACCUGAAACAGAAGGGUUAUUUCUUUGUGGAGGGCCAGCUGUACUGCGAGACUCACGCUCGGGCCAGGAUGAGACCACCAGAGGGCCACGACCUCAUCACGACAUUUCCCUCAGCGUAGAAUCCCCCCAUAGAAAGACACAAACGCACACAUACAUCUGCGUUUUGUGAGGUCAUCUGCACUUUGAUGUUGUCUGUGUGCAACAAUAUUUCAGUAAGAAAAUACACUUUGAUUUCUCUGAACUUACCAGCGUCUUUUUUGGAUAUGUAAAUCACAUUUCACAGGUGAUUAUUCGAUUUAUCAGUCAAUCAGAUGUUGUUUACAUAGCACUUUUCAUACAAACAAAAGUGCAACACAAAGUGCUUUGCAAAAUGUUUUAAAAAUGCAACAAAACAGUGCAAACAACCCCAGCUAUCAAUAAAAAAAAUGGAAACACUAUGGUGUUUAAUACAUGAAAUAAACUAAAAUGAAAUAAGCUGGAUAAGUAAUUAAAAUAAGAGAAGCUAGAUAAGUAAAAUAAAACAAGCUGGAUAAUAUCUAAAAUAAAAUAAAUGAAAUACAAUAAAAUUAGCUAGAUAAUAAACUAAAAUGAGAGAAUAUACAUAUAUACAGGGUGUCCCAAAAAAUGUAUACACCUUUUAACAGCUGAUAACUAACCUCACAUCACUAGACUUCUUUUUAUGGGGAUACCUAAAAGACAAAGUCUGUGCAAUGAGACAUGCAACAGUCACUGAACUGAGAGCAACCACUGAAUGUGAAUGCACGCAAAUACCAAGGGAAUUGUUUCAUGAUGUGUGCUAUUCCAUCGCUUCACGUUGUCGGCAGUGUCUGGACCAGAACGGACAUCAGUUUGAGAACAGGCGGUGACAAAACAAUAGAAUGAUGUUUGUAAAUUCUUUUACAUGUUGAAAAUUACAUAAAUUCUAAUAAACACCAAACUGUGUAUAUAUUUUUGGGACACCCUGUAUACAUAAAAUAAGAAAUUAUAAAAAUGAGAGUAAUAAAUGAAAUGUAUCAAAUGAUCAAAGGCCUGUUUGUUCUGUGAGAAAUAUUCUUUAGUCAUAAAAGACAAAUUCUGAGAAAUACUCUGUACUCUUGGACUAAUGCAGUCAAAACACAUCAUAAUCAUGUUCAUGGAUGAAUGUGGGAUCAUGGAAGCAUUUGUAAUUAGAAAAAAGACGUGAAAAAGCUUGACUGAUACAUUUAUGGUGGAGAAUCGACUUUGGCUAAGAUGGCUGUCAGAUCAUCUUGCAGAAGACCCAAAAAAUGUUGGACAACAGAAUAAAAAUCAAGCCAGAAGACAUUGCUGACUGAAAUAAGCAGAGAAUGCUGAGAAAAAACACCAAAGAAGCAGAAUAGUCAUGCAGAAGUACAACAUUGUCUAACCAAUAACUGCAGAAGAAAUAUUAUUUACUUUGUACACACUCCAGUUUGGCAUUAUUAUUAGAAAAACUACAUUAAUAUUUAUUGCUAAGCAGAUGACACCCUAAUAUAUUUGUCUAUAAAGUCAAAAAACCAAAGGGAGAGCUGAUAAUCUUCAUUAAAUUACACUUGUGCAUAAUUUUAGGCAUUUUAAAAUGAACCAAUUUAAAACCUUUUUCAUUUUAUUGCUUUAAAGACUCUGCAAAGCCUCGUAAUUUUUAGCCGUGCUGGAAGACUUGCUCUGCAGAUGGUAUCGAUCUGAUCUUUGUUCAUUUGAUCCACAGCUUAGAGCUUCAGUUUCAACAAUGAUUGUGAGUUUUGUCUCCACGUAUGAGCAGGAGAAAUGACUAUUCAUAUGUGCACCUGACUAUUAAAAAUCUAUGCUCGUCAAAAUGUUCCCAUACAGGUGAUUUCAGGUUGCUUCUUGGGAUGUGCAGUUGGUCUGAUCGAUUCCAGAACUUUGUCUUUCUGCCACCCUCAGAAUAACCCGAGCAAAUGUUCAAUCAGUGACUGAACACGCUUGUGAGCAGGGCCUUGAAUGGUUCACACUUCAGCAUGUUUGUAACGGUGACAGAGGGACUUGAGUGAGUCGAGGGCCCUUCAGCCACCAUCCUGAUCGACCGUCCACAGUGAGAUAUUUCACAGCCACGGCUGAGUAAACCUUUAUCCUGUGAUACUUUAUACCGUGAUGUAACAAUGAUGCACGACUCACCUCUGAAUAAGCGACUUUCAUUUGUAUUCAUCACCAGAGAAGGAUUUUUCUGUUAUAAAGAAAGAACGACCAACGGGGAUGAAAAUGUUACUGAAGAGGUUUCAUUUUUUUCAUUCCUGUUGGUGUCACAAUGUUGAACUGAUUUAAAUCAUGAUUAUCUGACAGAUUCCAGUUUGUUUGUGUUCAUCAACGAUGAUUCUUCCAGAAUUCCACAAGGUUCUGUGUUAGGACCAGUAUUAUUUACUAUGUUCAUGCUCCCCUUAGACAAAAUUAUUAGGAAACACUGCAUAAAUAUCCAUUUCUAUGCAGAUGACACCCGGUUAUAUUUAUCGAUAAAACCAAUUGAAACCAGUCAGUUAGUCAAAAUCCAGACAUGACUUGGGGACAUAAAGGUCUGGAUGACCUCUAAUCUUCUUCAGAUAACUUCAGACAAAACUGAGGCCAUUGUAUUUGAUCCUAAACACCUCAGAAACACACCAUCUACAACUCCCAGUUUGGAUUCGAGAGGCAGACAUGAAAAGUCAUUUCUGUCUGAUGAACCAAUGUUUAGCAGUGGCAAUAACAGUUUCAGUUCCCGGUUUUUGCUAUUUUCUGUUUCUUUCCUAAGAUUUGGUAAAGUCUGCAUCUUUGUUGAUAUUCACAUAUGCAGAUGACGCACAUAUUUACGUGAGAAUGAGGUCUAAUGGAUAUGCCAAUCUCCAAAUUCAAAACUUGCUGCUCAGAAUAAGUUCCGCUCAGCAUUCUUCAAUUAAAUACCAGUAAACCCUCCCUUAUCCCCGCUCUCACCCCAGCCGGCCGAGGCAGAUGGCCACCUUCCCUGAGCCUGGUUCUGCCAGAGGUUUUUUCCUCAACAUUAAAAGGUUUUUUUGGGUCCUUCCCACCAUUGCUGACUGCUUCCUCAUAGGGAAUCCAAAGGCAACUUUGGACUGUUGGAUGUUCUGUUCUUCGUUUAAAAUUUGUAAAGUCUUCACUAUGUUGAGCGCUAUGAGAUGACAUAUGUUGUGAUAUAGAGCUAUAUAUAUAAAAUCAAAUUAAAUUGAAUAUGUGAUGCAAUAAUUCAGUCACUAAAUAGAAACACGGUCAAGAUAAAUUUACACAAGCAUGCACUGCUAGCAAAUCAGAAGCAGAAUAUUUGUAUGCAGGGUUUAGAUUAAAACUUAAAAACAUUAAGACAUAAUAUAAUAAUUCAUCCAUUUGACAGAUUGGUUGCUAAGGGGGCAAUUCAUUUUUCACACAGGGCAAGAUGGCGCUGGACAGCCUUCAACAGAGAAAAUCAUCAUUUAAAGACUGCAUUUUGUGUUUUCUUGGGUUUCUUUGUCUUAUAUUUAAAUUUGUUUGACGAUCUGAAACACAUUAAGAGUGAACAAUACGCAAAAAUAGAAGAUGUCUGUAAGAGGGCAAAUACUUUUUCUUGGACUCAUGCAGUGGAACCACAUUACAAUAGGAUCAUGAGAAUGUAUUUAUGAAAAAAAGAUGCAAAAAGCUUGAUGGAUACAUGAUUUAUAGUGGUUAAGAUGGCCAUGCAGGAUAUUUGCAUGCAGGGUUGUUAGAUGUAUAUUGAAAUAAAAACGUCCAGGCAAUAGUACCAGUGUCAGUAGUGGGAUUAAUUCAGUUGACUGAGGAUAGAUCCUGAUGCUGUGUUAUGUUGAGACAGUGGGGGGAGCUGCAGUAUCAUUCUUUAGUUGUUUGUCAAGUACAACAGACAGAAGACAGAGUGAGUUGCUGAGAAGUUUGUGUUCAACAGUACACUAACAUCACUUUUACAUUAUAUGAUUAAAUACUGCACCUUACAGUAAUCGCCCUACUGAUGGUUUGGACUCAGAGGUGUUUUCUGCACUCAAGUCAGGCGACAUAAUUUGCCAGGUCAUAAUUUUCACUUUUUCUUCUUUGGAAACUUUUCUGUGAUGUCCUCCGUGUUUUGAUUCAUUCACAGACGUCUAAAGAAGUCGUCUCAACACCUUCUGCACUCAUGCAGCUGCGUAUCGUCCCACUCCCACCUCUGAGCUUCACUGUCACGACUAUGAAUGCCGAGCUUUGUCUGAGCUGAACAUAAUCACCUUGACCAUCAUCACGCUCCUCUUUCAUGUUUCUGUGAAAAGCUCAAUCUUGUGGUUUUGUACCAAACAGCAGCUGUCCGUUACAUUGAUGUUAUGUCAAACUGCCCUUCACACUGUCAAAGAAUCUCUGGUUUGUGGAGUCAUUUUAAGAGAACACUCACUGCGGUAUUGUGGUUGUUUCUGUAUCUCCUGAUUACUGCAGCAAAAGUGUUGAUUUUUAUUUUGUCAUCGAUCUUCCGAGAUUCUUUUCCAUCUUGGUGAAGUGUCAGAACCACCAUUUCCAGGUUCGCUGUAUACACUUUUCCACAUGAAACUAUACUACGACAUGCUACAUAGGCAUACAAAUAGUAGAACAUAUACUCCAUAAGUAUUACUAUACUGGAACAUAUGCUACAUAGGUAUACAUAUACUAGAAUAUAUACUACAUAGGUAUACAUAUACUAGAAUAUAUACUACAUAGGUAUACUGUAUGUUUGUCAUUUUGACAGCUGUCAACAGAUUUUGCUUCAUACAUGAUUUGAGAUUUACAGAGUAAACCUUGUAUGUGUCUGUUAGACUGUAAUAAAUGUAGAAAUUUAAAUUAGA